AUGGGCUUCACUGAUUUGCUCUCGGACGCUGGUCUUAGCGUUCUCGACAGCUGGUUGUCCACCCGCUCCUACAUCGUCGGGUAUGUCUACUCCUCGCCGUCCCAGGCCGACGUGGCCGUCUUCAAGGCCCUGAGUGCUGCGCCUCCCCCUGAGGCUGCCAAGUACCCGCACGCUGCGCGAUGGUACGAGCACAUCGCUGGUUACCAUGACGACUUCGCAACGCUUCCCGGUGAUGCGGCUAAGCCUUACACCGCCUACGGUCCUGACGUCGACGCUGCCACACUGAACCGUGCGAAUGCCCCGGCUGCUGAGGAGGACGACGACGAUGUCGACCUGUUCGGCAGCGAGGAGGAGGAGGAUGCUUGCGAAUUAGGCGUCCACCAUCGUCUGGCUGAGUACCGCAAGAAGAAGGAGGCCAAGCCCAAGGUCGCCGCGAAGUCUAUAGUCAUAUUGGACAUCAAGCCUUGGGACGACCAGACCGACAUGGUUGCCCUCGAGGCCGCCGUGCGCGGCAUCGAGAAAGACGGUCUGGUAUGGGGUGCUUCCAAGUUAGUGCCCGUUGGUUUCGGUGUCAAGAAGCUGCAGAUCAACCUCGUUAUCGAGGACGAGAAGAUCAGCUUGACCGAGCUCGAGGAGGAGAUCCAGGAGUUCGAGGAAUACGUCCAGUCGACGGAUGUUGCCACCAUGCAGAAGCUUUAA